AUCUCGCAUGAAUUUUCAAAAUUCGGAAGUGAAAUAAGAAACAUCCAAGCAACCAUGAAGGUAAUAGCGUUCUCUCUACUGUACAUUGUGGCUUCUACCACAGCCUUUUCGAUAAAUUCUUCUUUUAAAACGAGUGCAGCAUUAAAAGGAGGUUCUAUCAUAAGCAAGAUUCCAAGUCCAGGAAUAAUUGGAGCUAUUGGAGUAUCACAAUCAGGAGGCGCAGCGGCAGGGCUAAGUUCUAAUGCAGGAUCAAGUGCAGGAGCAGGCGCAGCAGCAGGUGCAGGUGUAGGUGCAGGUGCAGGUGCAGGAUCUAAUGCAGGAUCAGGUCUAGGAGCAGGUUCUAAUGCAGGAGCAGGUUCUAAUGCAGGAUCAGGUGCAGGAGCAGGUCCUAAUGCAGGAUCAGGUGCAGCAGCAGGUUCUAAUGCAGGAUCAAAUGUAGGAUCAAGCAUAGCAGCAGGCAUAGCAGCAGGCGCAGCCGCAGCCGCAGGAGCAGGUUCUAAUGCAGGAGCAGGUCCUAAUGCAGGAUCAAAUGCAGGAGCAGGUCCUAAUGCAGGAUCAAAUUUAGGAUCAAGCAUAGCAGCAGGCAUAGCAGCAGGCGCAGCCGCAGGAGCAGGUUCUAAUGCAGGAUCAAAUGCAGGAGCAGGUUCUAAUGCAGGAUCAAAUGCAGGAGCAGGUCCUAAUGCAGGAUCAAAUGCAGGAGCAGGUCCUAAUGCAGGAUCAGCCGCAGGAGCAGGUUCUAAUGCAGGAUCAGAUGCAGGAGCAGAUCCUAAUGCAGGAUCAAGUGUAGGAUCAGGUAUAGCAGCAGGUGAAUCAGCAGGCGCAGCCGCAGGUGCAGGAGCAGGUCCUAAUGCAGGAUCAGCUGUAGGAGCAGGUGAAUCAGCAGGCGCAGCCGCAGGUGCAGGAGCAGGUCCUAAUGCAGGAUCAGCUGUAGGAGCAGGUGAAUCAGCAGGCGCAGCCGCAGGUGCAGGAGCAGGUCCUAAUGCAGGAUCAGCUGUAGGAGCAGGUGAAUCAGCAGCCGCAGGUGCAGGUUCUAAUGCAGGAUCAGGUGUAGGAGAAGAAGGCGCAGAAGAACCUAGCUCUGAACAACCGACCGAAGCACCUAGCAGUUCUGAACAAUCCAGUGAAGCACCUAGCAGCUCUGAACAACCAUGUGAAGAACCUAGCAGCUCUGAACAACCAAGCGAAGCACCUAGCAGUUCUGAACAACCAAGUGAAGCACCUAGCAGCUCUGAACAACCAUGUGAAGAACCUAGCAGCUCUGAACAACCAAGCGAAGCACCUAGCAGUUCUGAACAACCAAGUGAAGCACCUAGCAGCUCUGAACAACCGAGCUCUGCCUCACCAAGUGGAUCGGGUGUCGGUGCAGGAGUAGGUGCAGGAGUAGGUGCAGGAGUAGGUGCAGGAGCAGGCUCAGGAGCAGGCGCAGGAGCAGGCGCAGGCGCAGGAGUAGGUGCAGGAGUAGGUUCAGGAGCAGGUGCAGGAGCAGGUGCAGGCGCAGGAGUAGGUGCAGGAGCAGGUCCAGGAGCAGGCGCAGGAGCAGGCGCAGGCGCAGGAGUAGGUGCAGGAGUAGGUUCAGAAGAACCUAGCUCUGAACAACCGACCGAAGCACCUAGCAGUUCUGAACAACCGACCGAAGCACCUAGCAGUUCUGAACAACCAAGUGAAGCACCUAGCAGCUCUGAACAACCAUGUGAAGAACCUAGCAGCUCUGAACAACCAAGCGAAGCACCUAGCAGUUCUGAACAACCAAGUGAAGCACCUAGCAGCUCUGAACAACCAUGUGAAGAUCCUAGCAGCUCUGAACAACCAAGUGAAGCACCUAGCAGCUCUGAACAACCGAGCUCUGCCUCACCAAGUGGGUCGGGUGUCGGUGCAGGAGUAGGUGCAGGAGUAGGUGCAGGAGUAGGUGCAGGAGUAGGUGCAGGAGUAGGUGCAGGAGCAGGCUCAGGAGCAGGCGCAGGAGCAGGCGCAGGCGCAGGAGUAGGUGCAGGAGUAGGUUUAGGAGCAGGUGCAGGAGCAGGCGCAGGAGCAGGCGCAGGCGCAGGAGUAGGUGCAGGAGUAGGUGUAGGAGUAGGUGCAGGAGUAGGUGCAGGAGCAGGCGCAGGAGCAGGCGCAGGAUUACAUGUAGGAGUAGGUGCAGGAGCAGGUGCAGGAGCAGGCGCAGGCGCAGGCGCAGGCGCAGGCGCAGGAUUACAUGUAGGAGUAGGUGCAGGAUUAGGUGCAGGAGUAGGUGCAGGAUUAGGUGUAGGAGUCGGCGCAGGAGUAGGUGGAAAAGUAGGUGCAGGAGUAGGCGCAGGAUUAGGUGGAAAAGUGGCUGCAGGAAUAUCAAAUCUAGCUGCAAGAAUAAAUGGAGGAGCAGGAGGUCGUAUAAGAGUAUUUUAACCAGUUAUUCUACCUACCAUAGCAUCUGUUUAUGGUCUAUCACCAAACUACGUUUGCCACUGAUUUAUCGAAUUACGAGAAAUUAUUUAAUUCUAUUCAAUGUUGUUUUAAAAAACCAACAAUUUAAAUAUGAAAAAUGUAAUUAUAAUUAUAAUUAUUUGAAAUAUAGUUAGUGAGCAAAAAAGAAAUCGUAAAU